AUGCCAGCGGGUGACAUGUGCGUUUCGGCGGCAAGGGCAGGGCCGGCGGCACGCUGGCACCCCGCCUGCUUCGUGUGCUCCACCUGCCAAGAACUGCUGGUAGACCUCGUGUACUUCUGGAAGGACGGCCGGCUUUACUGUGGCAGGCAUCACGCAGAGACCCUCAAACCCCGCUGUUCUGCUUGUGAUGAGAUAAUACUCGCAGAUGAGUGCACAGAAGCAGAGGGCCGGGCGUGGCACAUGAAACACUUCGCGUGCGCGGAAUGCUCCAAGCAACUGGGCGGGCAGCGUUACAUCAUGCGGGAGGCUCGGCCCUACUGCCUGCAUUGCUUCGACAACUGCUUCGCGGAGUACUGCGACGCUUGCGGUGAGCCCGUUGGCGUAGACCAGGGCCAGAUGUCCCACGAAGGCCAGCACUGGCACGCUACAGAGCGCUGCUUCGCCUGCCACACUUGCCACGCCAGCCUGCUCGGAAGACCGUUCCUACCGCGCCGGGGAGCGAUAUUCUGCUCCAUAGCCUGCUCCCGAGGCGAGCCGCCGACGCCGUCAGAUUCCUCAGGGCCGGGACCCAGACCACCGCGUGUUCCUCGACCAAGAAGAAUGCCCUCACCUAAAUCGCCACGCAGAUCUCCACAGAGGGAACCGUCGCCACAAAUUGACGCCGACUCUGAACCGAGUGCGUCAAUAGCCCCAGAGUCUCCCCCUCCACAUCCUCCGCCUCCCCCGCAUGCUUGUCUCAGCCUUGACAGAGCGCUCGCCGAUCUGAGACUUGAGCAGUCGAUAACAGAACACCAAAUACCACCAUCGCCAACGUCAGAAGAAAUCAAGGAGUCUCCGGAAGACUGGAAACCGCCGCAUCCUGUGGAAGCGCAUGCCGUAGUUACCCCCGGCCAUUCGUCAUCGAUGCCAGAACUGACGGUGGUUGACGGUAAACGAACGAAGCCCAGAGGGGGUAGAACGGUAAGAUUCUGCGGGGAUGACAACCAAGCGUUUGAGCCCGAUGAACCUAUCCGGAAAGAGAAGGUGAGAGAUGACGAUGCGAGCAGCUACUGCAGUACCUGUUCCUCGUCAUCUUCCUCCACGGAAUCCUACACACUGCCGACGAGACGAGCAUACGGCGGUGUCAGGAUAUCGUACGUGCCAAACGACGCGGUGGCGUGCGCCAAACGCGAGAGACAGAGGAAGAACGCCCAUCAUGAUAAGAACUGUAUAAUUUCGUGA